AUGGAAAAAAUCGUAGACAAGCCAGUUGAAAAAGAGCUUUUGACUGGCACAGAGUCCGUCAAAGAUGCAGCAAAAUCUGGCCGACGUAUGAAUGUUACAGGCAAGGCAAAUGUCUCAAAAGUCGAGGAAAUAAUUGAAAGUGAUGAUAGACAUACGAUUUGUGAUAUUGCCAACGCUGCUAGCAUAUCGCUAUCGUUCCAGAAUCUGAAGGUGGUUGUUGCAAUCUUCCUGCUAACAGCCGUGAAUGCAGAUGGCAUUACAAAAGACUUCAUCAAGAAGUUCAAUACGUAUAAUGAAGUAUGUAGAGGAAUGGGAUUUAAGGAUGGGACAUGCAAAGGAAGUGAAAAAGGAAUGAUUGCUUUCCAUGCGCGCACGUCAACGCAUCAAAAGAAUCUGAGAUCAAAUGCUGUCGUUGUAUUUGGAAAAGUAACGCUCAAUAUUGGAUCAGCAUAUGAUAGGACUACAGGAAAAUUCACAGCGCCUCGGAACGGCAUCUACUCAUUUACGUGGACCAGUGUGACUGCAGCUGGGAGCUGGUUCAACACAGUUAUCGUCCACGACAAUAAUGUCAUUGGCUACAACAUUGCUGACGGAAAUGCUGGCAGUCGCACUAUGUCAGCGGGAUCCGCCACAGCAAUCAUAAAGAUGAAAAAGAAUGACAAAGUUUGGAUACGACCCCUAGGAGGUCAAGCACGUGAUGGUUAUGCUAACUGGUGUUCGUUUUCCGGUUUUCAGUUGUUUUAA